AUGUCUUCAACGCCCGUGGAACCGCUGUGGUCAGCUGGGAUUGAGGAGGGCCAGAAGGAGGAAGCUAGGAAGCUUCUGGGAGAUGGAAGAUGGGCGUUGAGCGCGACGCGGAUGGGCCUCGAAAGGAAGUUUGAGUUCAAGACGUUCAAAACUACUAUGGUAUUCAUCAACCAAGUUGCGGACCAGUGUAAAGUUGCGCGACAUCAUCCUGAAUGGGCGAACGUCUACAAUAAAGUAGUAAUUCGCUGGACCACACACAACCCACUAGGCCUCUCGCACAAGGAUAUUGAGAUGGCCAAGUUCUGUGAUGAGAGGGGAGCAGAACUUGGAGAUGUUGACACGGGAAAAGUGGAACGGGCCCCCGCAGACGAAACGGGAGGUAACGUUCUGGAUAACCUUUUGGGUCAGGGAGUGCAGGAGUGUGGACCAUGCGCGCAAAAGUCGAAGAAAUAG